GUUUGUACAACACCAUCGGCUUGUUUCAAAAGAUACAUCACAUCCAAAGCAGGAUUCCACAACUUGUCAUUAAUAUCUCGGUCUCUUCACUGAGACGGUAAAAGAAUUUCAAAAUGGGUUACUUUUAUUGUAUAUCACUUUUAUGCCUGUUCACUAUAGUUAGCUGUAAUACCGGAUUAGAUCCUAAAGGUCCAAAAGUUACUCAUGAGGUAUACUUUGACAUCAGCAUUGGUGGUGAACCCGCAGGCCGUGUUUUGAUCGGCCUUUUUGGGGGCACUGUACCCAAAACAGUUGAAAAUUUCGUAGAAUUGUCCAAGAAACCUAAAGGUGAAGGAUACAAAGGCAGUAAAUUCCACCGUGUCAUCAAGGACUUCAUGAUUCAAGGUGGUGACUUCACCAGGGGAGAUGGAACUGGAGGCCGCUCAAUUUACGGAGAACGUUUUGCGGAUGAAAACUUUAAGUUGAAGCAUUAUGGUGCUGGAUGGUUGUCCAUGGCAAAUGCUGGCAAAGACACUAAUGGAUCUCAAUUCUUCAUCACUACAAAAGCCACUGGCUGGUUAGAUGGACGUCAUGUUGUAUUCGGAAAAGUGAUCAAGGGAAUGGAUGUGGUGAGGAAAAUUGAAUCAACAUCAACAGAUUCCAGAGACAAACCACAACGUGAUGUUGAAAUUGUAGACUCUGGUGCUGAAGCUGUUUCUGAACCCUACGGUGUGGCUAAAGAAGAUGCAACUAAUUAAAUGAUUUAUUACUUUUGAUAAUUUUUUAAUCACUUCUAAGAACAAAUUGUA